AUGUCGGCCUUCAGUCGCAACCUGUGCAGCACCGCUUCACGAAACCUCCGAUCACGGUCCAGCGUCGUAUCGAGAGCCAUAAGGCCAAUUGCCCUGCGAACUGCUCCUUCCACCCCAAUCACUUCGCGCACAGCAACCGCAUCAUCCUUCUCCACCAUGACGGCCCUCAAGAGCUCCAUGCCUCAGACGCUGAGCAAGCGCGAGUAUGAUCCUGAGAUCAAGGACAUGGCAAACUACAUCCACAACACCCCCAUCGACUCCGAGCUUGCGUUCGACACCGCCCGCUGGGUGUUCGUUGACACGCUCGGUUGCGGUCUCGAGGGGCUGCAGUUCGAGCAGUGCAGGAAGAUCCUGGGUCCCACUGUGGAAGGCACGACUGUCCCCAACGGCUGCAAAGUGCCCGGUACCAACUACCAGCUCGACCCCAUAAACGGCGCCUUCAACAUUGGUGCCAUGAUCCGAUGGCUCGACUUCAACGACUGCUGGCUAGCUGCCGAGUGGGGCCACCCCUCCGACAACCUGGGAGCGAUCCUCGCAACUGCCGACUGGAUUACACGAACAAACAAGGCUGGAGGCAAUCUCGGCAAUGGCAAGAUCUUCAAGGUCAGAGAUGUCCUCGAGGCCAUGAUCAGGGCACACGAAAUCCAGGGCUGCAUGGCCCUAGAGAACUCCUUCAACAAGGUCGGCCUGGACCACGUCAUUCUGGUCAAGUUGGCCUCGACAGCUGUCGUUUCCAAGAUGAUGGGUCUCAGCGAGGCUCAGACUCGGGAUGCCAUCUCGCAAGCGUUUGUUGAUGGCCAGUCUAUGCGUACCUACAGGCACUCGCCCAACACCAUGUCGCGCAAGUCCUGGGCCGCUGGUGAUGCUUGCCAGACCGCCGUCAACCUUGUGCUGAAGGUCAUGAAGGGUGAGCAGGGUCUGCCUACAGUUCUCUCAGCUCCUACCUGGGGCUUCUACGACGUCAACUUUGGCGGCAAGCCCUUCCAGUUCCAGAGAGGCUACGGCAGCUACGUCAUGGAGAACGUUCUCUUCAAGGUUUCUUAUCCGGCUGAGUUCCACUCACAGACUGCGGUCGAAGCGGCGCAGCGCCUGAACAAGAAGCUGGCUGCGAUGGGUAAGAGCGCCAAAGACAUUGAGGGUGUAGUGAACCGAACGCAUGAAGCCUGCAUUCGUAUCAUCGAUAAGCAGUUCAAGCCUAUGGAGAACUUUGCUGACCGUGAUCACUGCGUUCAAUACAUGGUCUCCACCAUGUUUGUCUUCAACCGCCUUGAAGCCACUGACUACCCAGAUGACAGCGAAGCUGCUACAUCGGAACUCGUCGAGUCUCUCCGCCAGCGCAUUAGCUGUGUAGAGGACCCGCAAUUCACCAAGGAUUACCACGAUCCUGCGAAGCGCACCAUCUCCAACGCCUUGACCGUAACGCUCAAGGACGGAACCGUGCUGGAGGAAGAGGUUGUCGAGGCUCCGCUUGGCCAUCGGUUGCGUCGUGAGGAAGCAAAGCCCGAGAUUCUUGCCAAGUUCAAGAGGCAUCUCGGCCCGCACUACCCGUCGCAACACGUUGACAAGCUCGUCGCGUUAGCGCAGGACCCCAAGUCGCUCGAUAGCAUGGACAUCGACGAGUACGUCGAUCUGUACGUGAAGAACUAG